AUGGCCGCGGCCAUCGCCAGCGGCUUGAUCCGCCAGAAGCGGCAAGCGAGGGAGCAGCACUGGGACCGGCCCUCGGCCAGCAGGAGGCGGAGCAGCCCCAGUAAGAACCGGGGGCUCUGCAAUGGCAACCUGGUGGAUAUUUUCUCCAAGGUCCGCAUCUUCGGGCUGAAGAAGAGAAGGUUGCGGCGCCAAGAUCCCCAGCUCAAGGGUAUAGUGACCAGGUUAUAUUGCAGGCAAGGCUACUACUUGCAAAUGCACCCCGAUGGAACUCUCGAUGGAACCAAGGAUGACAGCAGUAAUUCUACUCUGUUCAACCUUAUACCAGUGGGACUACGAGUUGUCGCUAUCCAGGGUGUAAAGACAGGGUUGUAUAUAGCCCUAAAUGGAGAAGGUUUCCUCUACACAUCAGAACUUUUUACACCGGAGUGCAAGUUUAAGGAGUCCGUUUAUGAAAAUUAUUAUGUAAUCUACUCAUCCAUGCUCUACAGACAACAAGAGUCGGGUAGGGCCUGGUUCCUGGGGCUUAAUAAGGAAGGGCAGGUCAUGAAAGGAAACAGAGUGAAGAAAACAAAACCAGCAGCUCAUUUUCUACCCAAGCCAUUGGAAGUUGCCAUGUAUCGAGAACCAUCCUUGCAUGAUGUUGGAGAAACAGUGCCAAAGGCUGGGGUAACUCCAAGCAAAAGCACAAGUGCAUCUGCAAUAAUGAAUGGAGGCAAACCAGUUAACAAGAAGGAUGGCAAUGAUGAACUGCAUGUAGUAGGCUAUGCGUAUCAAGAACUGUUGAGGUGAGAGUGUGCCUGCGGAUCUGGGUUUGAAGGACGCAGCAGGUGAAAUGCAACCU